AUGGCGCUCUGGCUGCAGCAAGCCGCCAAGAAGUUCUCCAAAUUAAAUGCUGCAGUUCUGCAGCAACUCCCGCCUUUUCCCGCGGUCUCAGGUGUACGUACACCUCACCAACUCGAGCUGCAGCAGCAGCAGCAGCGGCAGCACCAGCGGCGACAGCAGCAGCAGCAGAGGAAGUUUGCGACUCGCGCAGCGCCGCACUGGCUGGAAGGCUGCAGCAGAGAUGCGGCCAAAGGCCGAGAAGACGCAAAUGAGAGGGCAGCAGCAGCAGCAGCAGCUGCUGCUGCUGCAGCAGGACCUGCAGCAGCAGCAGCAGCAGCAAAUAGGGAGGCCGCCUUGCAGCCUGGAAGCCACGAAGAUUUAUAUGAGAAGAAAGAAGAAAAAGAAAAGAAAGAAACGGCAGCAGCGCAGCAGCUGUCCAUACACUCCAGACGCCACGCGCUGGUGAAGCAUUUCAUCAAAUUAAAAACAAAGAGAAAAUACAGAGCCUCCUGCGGCCAAAUGGCGGUUUUGGGGGCUGAGACGAUAAUGGAGGUCUUUGGGGGGCCUGGAGGGGAAAGUGGCGGAAAAAAGGGAGAGAAGGAAAUAAGAAAAGGAGAAAAGGAGAUGAAAAAAGGAGAAAAAGAAGAAAAAGAAUUGUUUGAAGAGCUCGGGGAGGCAAAAAGGAAGCCGUUGGUGCCUUUGGUUUUAAUUGAAAAUGAAAAAAGUGAAAAUGCGGAAAGCGCGCGUCGCGGGCUUUCAGGUGUACGUACAGCUGCUGGCGCGCGACUUCGCGCAACCGACGAAAUCAUGAAAGUCCUUUGCGAGAGGAAAUCAGAUCCUUUUUCUUCCAAAACAACAAAUGAAAACAAAAUAAUUCAUAAAUUGCCAUUUAAUUCCGCCAAGUUUCAUCAAAAGUCCCCAAAAAGCUCUCCAAAUUCCUUUUCCGAUGCCGCCGCCAUCUUCGAAAUCCCAAAACCCGCAGACGACUCUAGCCGCAGCAAAGGCCUCCAUUUGCUGCUGCCGUUUGCCCAGGGGCCCCCAGAAGCUCUUUUGGAGUUUUGCAAAAAAAAGAAAUUAAUUUUAAUUGCUGCUGAUCUCCAGGGGCCCCCCUUGGAAGAAUUAAAAGAAAGAAUAUCAGGGGAGGCCUGCGAAGGCAUUUGCUGCGUUUUGGGCGGCGAGUCAAAAGGGCCUUCUUCUUUGCUGAAAGAUAAUUCCCUCAAAUUUGCGCUGCCAAUGGCCCCUUUUGUGGAGUCGCUGAAUGUGGGCGUGGCGGGGGGGCUGGCGCUGUCGCUGUUGCGGCCGCUGGCGUUGGCGAGGAGUUUUGAAAAGUUCCAAAAAAAGUUCCAAGACGCACAAAAAGGGACAUUUUGA